GAUCGCCGUCCACGAAUGGACAUAGAUAAGUACCGUAUCCAUGACCUCGAAGAUGCUACAGAAGUUCGUCGAGGUGUAGCUGGACAACCCAUGGCGAUCGAAAGUUGCAAGAAUAGUAAUCUUCUGGUGCUUGAUCACACUUCUACGAUCACUGUUGAUGACUGCAGCGAUUGCCUGAUUUUAUUAGCUCCAUGCUCGGGAAGCACCGUCUCCGCUGCAGUGAUAUUCCUCGAGAAAAAACAAUGUCGUCCGCGAAACGAAGGUUUAAGAGGAAUCCCCCAUCAAUUCGUACUCACUCGUCCCAUUCAGUGA